AUGACGAGAAAACGCAAAUCUCGGGUCGUCGACUCCUUCGAUCACGAGGAGCACCCGACUUGGAUACCGCGACAAGAACAACGUCAACGGGUGGAGGAGCACUUGGCAUACGAGACCACGAUCUCCGGCGGGGCGGUGGAGUCUCAAUCUUUCUACACGGUUCCUGUCUCUCCAGGAAAGCAGAGAGCCCCGGGCUCUGCGGUUACUUUCGAUGAUAUCCUAGAGCUCGCCGAUCUCGCCGAUUUCUUUCGGACAACGGCUGAUGCGGACGAGGAAUACGUGGACGUCGCAUCUUCCGGACGUCAUAAGAAAACACGUACUUUCGCUUCUGACCAUCCGUUCCUGGGGUUCAUUGAUCAGGAUCGCUACAACCAGUUUCUUAGGAUGAUUCACGUCUGGCGACACGUUCGACAACUCAAGCGGGCCGGUCGGGGGCACGACACGAGUGGAAGCUGGGGAUCAAGGCCUGGAUCUUGCGCUGUUCUGUGCCCAGCCUGUCCAUAUCCGGGUAUCAACCUUCCAAUGGACUGGGAGAAUACUGCCCCUGACAAACGCUACGUUCACUCGUUAUUCCUAGCUCUCGAUGCCAACUUUCGACUUAAGCGCAAGGACGUAUCCAGUGACGAGAACGAUCCUGGAUUGAAUCACAGGUAUGCCUACGUUGUCGACGAAAGGCAGUUCAAGACCUUCUUGUCCCAGCAUGGAAGCUUGAUUGAGGACGACAAGAGUACGUGCAAUAAUCAUGACGCUAUCAAAUCCGCUAGCAUCCGCGGAGGUAGAGGGACUGCUGCCAGCGGCGUGGGUACGGCUCAGUGCAGCCGUCAUGACAUGAGUCGUCCUCUCGGCGUCGGCGAUUUACAAAAAGGGGAAAGAUACGUUAACAUGGAUUAUUUCUUCAUUUGUACAUUGCUUUUCAAUACACCUCCGUGGGUGGUCGUGUCGUACGACAUCGCCUGUCAGUGGUCAAAGAAUCUGCGGGCUCGUCUCCAGGUUUAUCCUGAUUACCUCACUUCCGCCGUGUCAAACGUCGACUUUGUCUUCUUGAUUCCCAAGUUCCACCUCCCUGCCCACGUCGCUAAAUGUCGAAGUAGUUUCUCCUUUAACUUCACUAGAGGGGCGGGGAGAACUGAUGGAGAGGCUCCGGAAAGGACCUGGGCGGCGAUUAACAAACUCGCCUCGAGCUUCAAGGAGAUGGGACCUGGCUCUCGUCGCGAUGGAAUGGACGAUCACUACGGUGACCGUAACUGGACAAAGGUGGUCGCAAUGGCUACAACACUCUGGGAUCGCGCGCAGGAAGCGUUGAUCAAGCGGACUGAGAAGGUCGAGGCCUUUCGAGAUUUCUCUAGCGCUCUGGAGACGUCAACGAAAGACUGGGGCGCCAUGGUGCGGGCCUGGGAGGCCGACAACUCGAAGCCCAAUCCAUACGAAUCGUCGAGCACACAUAUGACUGCGAGUGCAGUGAGGCUCGAGUUAGCCGAGGAAGAUGAAUCAGCCAGGAAGGAGGGUCGACUCGUGUCUGCCCACGCCGAGGUGACCCCGAGCGUGUUCAUUAUGCAGGGAAUCGAACUCGAGGAAGCCCAACGGCGUCUUCGUUACGAAUUCAACGCGCUCGGGGAUCAUUCCACGGAUCUUCAGCGCGCCAAGGUCACGCAGCGCUCCACUUCUGUACAACGGCGAAUCGAUGCUUGGAUGACUCUGCAAAAUAUCUUUAUGCCUAUGGUAGCGGGUCAGCGCGAAUCCGAAACCGGGCCGGCCGAUACAACAUUCGACAUACCCCUUCACCUCCCUUCUUCCGUCUGCAGCACCAUGCUUUUGGAGGCUCGGCUUCUCGAGUGCGAACAACGCUUGCGCGUCGCUCAGGCUGAGACAGCACUGCAUGACAUAAGGGUCCUUCUGUUGAUGCGCACCCAGUUGUGGAAGUCGCGGAAGCGUCAUGUCUCGGGAACUCGCCAGUUGACGCAAAGCAGCGCGUUGUUGGCCAAGAUAAAGGAGAAGUUGGAUCGCCUUACUGACAAGUAUCGCUACUGCCGAACGGCCCUCGUCAACCUCGCCGUCGUGACCAAGGACCUGUCUUGGGAGGGAAGCUUGAAGCCCCUCUGCGCUGUGGGCGAUUCUGUCGACGCCCACAUAAAAUCCGAGCUUCGAUUGGAGUGGUGCAAGACUCGUGCCCGCGCUCAUCGCUGGCAGGAGGAAUGUAUGCUUUUGGCUGAGGAGAUGAGGCGCGUAUUGGCUUUCUGGAAUCAUGAAAUUGACACGUGGGAUAGGCUUGCGUCGACGUUGCAAGUCGAUCCGUCUGUCGUGACCCCUGACCCGUCGGUAACGCAAAAUCUGGACCUGGAGGAGAUAUGGCGGGCCGAGGUGGACAAGCUGACAAAGAUUCGUGAUGGGAAGGUCGCGUUCGCGUUGCGUCAGGCGGCUAUCCGUAGAGAGAUGGUUAGAGCCGCCGAAAAAAAAUGGGGGAAUGUACGGGAUCUCCUGACAGUGUUCGAGGGGCGCAGUGGCUUCGAGCUGGUCGAGGUGGAUCUGGACACAACCAAUGCGCCUUCGGCAGGUGCUUAG